AUGCCCAGAAUAUUAAGGUUUACCAACUGCCUCUUGGCGGACAAUGCUAAAUUGAUUCAAGCAGAUUUAUAUGUUGAUACUGAUUCUGGCGUUAUCAUCGAAACUCCCUUGAUCCCAGUCCACGCUUCCGAAGUGCAGGUCAUCGAUUUGCAGGGGGGUAUACUCUCUCCUGGAUUCAUAGAUAUCCAGAUAAAUGGUUGUUUUGGAUUUGACUAUUCUUCUGCUUUCAAUGAUAAACAAGACAAACAAAGUUUCCUCAAGGCAUACAAUGAAUCUAUGGGGCAGCUCUUGGAGUAUGGUGUCACGAGUAUUUGUCCCACUGUCACAUCGAGUCAGCAACAUGUAUACCAUGACGUUAUCCCCAUCCUAGGCCUCAAAACUCGAUCUUCAAACAAGGCCGAUUCUCUUGGUGUCCAUCUAGAAGGCCCCUUCAUUUCACCCAUCAAAAAGGGCUGCCAUCCGCCAGAGGCAAUUACUGAUAUGAAGCAUGGCUACAUCUCCUUGCAGGAACGAUACGGCCAAGGUUUUGAGCAAUACGCUGCAAUCGUGACUGCUGCUCCAGAGGUACAAGGCUGUUCCGAAAUUAUACCACAGCUAACCAGCAACAGCCCCACCGUAUUUUCCAUCGGACAUACCAUGGCUGACUUUGAUCUUGCCCUUAGCGCCGUACACAGCGGUGCUACAAUGAUUACCCACCUCUACAAUGCAAUGCCCGCCCAUACAGCCAGAGAUGUUGGUGUACUUGGUCUGAUAUCUGCUACAAAGGAUACCUUACCUUCAGAUAAGAUUCCCUUCUAUGGUAUUAUUGCCGACGGUGUCCAUGUCCAUCCUAGUGCCGUCCGGGCGGCUUACAUGGCCAAUCCCUCAAAGACUAUCCUUGUCACCGAUGCCUUGUAUUUGAUUGGUUUGGAAGACGGCCACUACCAGAGGGGGAAUCAGUCGGUUCAAAAGAAAGGGUCUUUGCUACUGCUACAAGGUACCGAUACCAUAGCGGGAUCGGCAACCCAUUUGAUUGACUGUGUACACAAUCUCAUCAAAUGGACAGGUAUACCCCUUGCAGAGGCCCUGGCGACCAUCACCAACAACCCUGCUACAUCUCUCAACAUUGCACACCGAAAGGGGUUUCUAAGGCCUGGCUGUGAUGCCGAUCUCAAUAUUCUGUCUGCAGAUGGCACACUGAAGGAAGUCUAUAAGUUGGGUCAGAAGAUACAUGGCUUCAAGUCAAAAGCUGCAAAUUAG